AUGUCUGACGGUGGAAUUAAUGCCGAAGGCAACUUCAGCCAUGGAAAUGCCAUUCCUGGUCCUGGAGCAGAAAGAGUAAUGCCUUUAUUCUCUCUGAAGGGAAGGACAGCAAUUGUGACAGGGGCUGGAGCGGGAAUCGGUCUUGCUGUUGCACAGUCAUUUGCGGAAGCAGGUGCUAAUGUUGCAAUAUGGUACAAUGGCAACAAGAAGGCAGUUGAGCGAGCAGCAGAGAUGGAACGCGACUAUGGGGUCAAAUGCAGAGCUUACAAAGUCAAUACCACAUCAUAUGACGAAGUUCAGAAGGCAACGGACGAUAUUGUAACAGAAUUUGGAGGCCGAUUGGACAUCUUCGUCGCCAACUCAGGCAUUCCUUGGACCCAAGGCCCUGCCCUUGAAGGAGAUGUCUCCCAUUACCAUGACGUGGUAAAUAUUGACCUCGACGGAACUUUCUAUUGUGCACGUGCCGCUGGGAAACACUUUCGCCGCCAAGGUCUCGAGGGCACAGAUGUAAACGGGAACCCACUUGGUCAAAACUAUAGCUGUGGAUCUUUCAUUGCAACUGCAAGCAUCAGUGGCCAUAUCGUCAACAUCCCACAAUUGCAAGCUGCUUAUAACGCAGCUAAAGCUGGUGUGAUUCAGCUUUGCAAAUCUCUUGCUGUCGAAUGGGUCAAAUUUGCGCGAGUCAAUUCAGUAUCGCCCGGCUACAUCGCAACCGAGAUAUCCAACUUCAUUCCCCAGGAGAUGAGAGUAAUUUGGAAGAACAAAAUUCCCAUGGGUCGGGAGGCCCAUGCAAAUGAACUUAAGGGAGUUUUCUUAUUCCUUGCUUCUGACGCCUCGUCAUACGUUACUGGUGCCGACCUUGUGGUUGAUGGGGGAUAUACUCUGGUCUAA